AUGGAAACUGGGGAGGAGCCUACAGAAGCUAUUGAAGAAAAUGACAUCAAUGAAAAUCGAAGUCAGUCUAUGAACUCCCAAAAAGACAGCGACCAUUCAAUCCGCCGACGCAAAACCUCAUCGGAACUGGUUGAAGCAGGAAACGUCGUUAAAGAAGCUCUUGCCACAUUCAAAUCUACGCUAAAAAGGAAUCCAUCACAGCCUGUUCAGCAAGAGGAUGAUUGUGAUUUAUACGGAAAAUUAUUAGCAAAUAAGUUGCGAAAAUUAUCUGAGAAGAAUAAAUUGCAGUUGAUGCACGACAUUGACGGCUUGUAUUUACGAUACAAAUGUGAUGACACUGUGAUGUCUCCAUCACCACCUCAAAGACCGGGCACAUCAUCAUCUACUUAUUCAGAGUCUCCAUUGCAUUAUGGACAGGCUAAUCAAAACACUCAUUACCAAAAUAGACAAGCUGUGAUGUCUCCAUCACCACCUCAGAGACCAGGCACAUCAUCAUCUACACAUUCAGAGCCUCCAUUGCAUUAUGGACAGGCUAAUCAAAAUGCUCAUUACCAAAAUAGACAAGUAUUAUCAGCCCCAGCUUCUAAUAUUAUCAUUCGAUCCCACCAGCUUGUUCGUGCACCAGACUAUCCUGUCCUUCAUAUACCAGAGAACCAAGGUGAAAAAACAUCUAAUGAAAAUUUUGGUAAUAUAAUUCAGUCAGCUUUUGACUCAAGUUAAAUACUUACUAAUAUUACCGAAUUUGUUUUUUAUUACUUUAAAUAAAUGUCCUAAUGAGAAAUAUUUGGUUGAUUUUGCGGAAUUAUAUUCUAGAUUUAAGAUUUUGUUCUUUGUAUGCGUAUUAAAAUUGAUUUGAUUUAUAUCCUUACUUUUAUUUCAUCCUUCAACACUUCACAUAGAGCAUGGCAAACUUCUGGUAUAAUUUCUGAUAUUGCUUGUGGUGAAACUUUGAACAGAUAAUGAAGGCUUCCAUAGUCGUCUCCUGUUGCUAAGUAUCUCAGUGUUAUAGCAAGACGUAUCCGGGCAGGAAUGGCUUUUCGCAACUGGGUGUCUUGUUUUGAAAUUCGUCUUGAAAUUCGACUAAGCAAAUAUUCAAAAUCAUUUAAUGACAUCCGGGAAAACUUUUUGAAUUCAU